AUGAUAAACAAAGGAGUCUUGAGACAAUUUUUGGCCGCAACUGCAGGGUCACUGUCCAUAAUGAACGUGGGCAUCAUACUCGGCUGGACGUCACCGAUCAUGGAGGAGCUGCUGGGACCAAACAGCCCAAUCCCGAUGACGGUGGACGAGAGCUCGUGGUUCGUAUCAGUCAUCGACUGGGGCCUGAUUUUGGGGUCGUUGCCGUUCGGUGUGCUGGCCGACCGGUGGGGCCGGAAGCCCAGCCUACAGAUCAUCGGACCAAUGGCCCUAGCCACGUGGGUGGCCCUGCUGUACGUCGACACAUUUCAGGGGCUGUUGGCCGUGCGGUUCAUGCAGGGCCUGCUGGCGGCCGGUGCGUACACAGUGCUGCCGGUGUACGCGGGUGAGAUCGCCGGGCCGAAGAUCAGAGGCGCCCUGGGCACGAUGUUCCAGAUAAUGAUGUACGUGGGCAUACUGUACGUGUACGCGGCCGGCAUGUACCUGGACUACACGCGGCUCACGUACGCCGCGAUGGCGGGCCCGGUGGUGUUCUGCGCACUGUUCGCUACCAUACCCGAGUCCCCGCACUUUUACGUGAUGAAGAACCGGCUGGCGGACGCCAAACGGGCGCUGGUCUGGCUGCGCGGCGACGACACCGGCAGUUCGGUGGACGAUGAGAUGGACGCCGUGGUCGAGUGCAUAUGCAAGGAAAUGCGCAACGCGUCCUUUACCGAGCUGUUCACCGACUGGGUGAGCCUUAAAGCGCUCAUCAUCGUACAGGGUCUGUCCGUGUUCCGGGUGAUGGCCGGCGUCACCGCGCUCAUAUCUUAUGCGUCCAUCACGUUCGCCGAGAUGCACGUGGCCGUCGACUCAAACAAGCUGUCGCUGGUGUUCGCCUGCUCGGUGCUGUUCUCGGCGCUGCCGUCCACCGUGCUCGCUGACCGGGUGGGCCGUCGGCCACUUAUGAUUGUGUCGUGCGCUUCGUGCUUUGCGUUCGACACAGCCAUAUUCGCGUACUUUUACGUGGACACGUGCACCACGUACGACGUGACCGAUUACGGGUGGCUGUGCGUGUUGGCCGUCGGCGGGCUGUCCGUCGCGCACACGCUCGGCCUUGGCUCGCUGCUGUCCACCAUCAACUGCGAGCUGUUCCCGUCCAACACCCGGUCCAUAGCCAACGCGGUCAACACUAUUACGCUGACCGUCGCGUCGUUCCUGGCCCUCAAGAUUUACCCCGUGCUGGCCGAUGACGGUGGCAUGUACCGCAACUAUCUGAUAUCGUCGCUGUUCAGCCUCACGUCCAUAAUCAGCUGCUUCCUGUGGCUUCCCGAGACCAAGGGCAAGACGUUUGCAGCCAUACAGGCCCAGCUUAGGAAGACGGACGAUUUGGUCUGA